AUGUCGAACAUCCUCAAAUCUUUCCAAGCCAUGGACUUUGCUCCUCGUCCCGAAGAUGUCAUUGUGGCGGUGAUGGGAAUGACUGGCUCGGGCAAAAGCACAUUCAUCUCGCAAUGCAUCGGACAAAAUAUUGGUAUCGUGGGCCACGGUCUUCAAGGAUACACGCAGGCAGUAGACUGCUAUAUGUUCCCUUACUCCGACUCUGUGAAUGUGUAUCUCGUCGACACUCCUGGCUUUGAUGACACAACCCUCACCGACAGUGAUGUCCUCAGGGCCAUCGCAGCCUGGAUGAGCGACACAUACAAGAAAGAGAUCAUGCUCAACGGCAUCAUAUACUUGCAUCGAAUCACUGAUCCACGUAUGCAAGGCUCGGCCUUGAAAAACCUUCACAUCUUCAGAAAGCUUUGCGGGACAAAUGCUCUCACCCACGUCACCUUGGCCACUACGAUGUGGGAGGCUGUGCAAACCCUGGAUGGUGAGCGUCGGGAGCGUGAGCUUCUAGAUACCUCGGACUUCUGGGGACAGAUGCAUCAGAACGGCGCAAUUGUGGAAAGGCAUUACAACAACCGGGAGUCAGCCAUGAGGAUCCUGGAGAAGUAUAUCGGGGGAGAGCGCACUGCGACUUCCUUGCAGGUGGAGAUGGUGAAGGGCAAGAAGGACUUGAUUGACACCGAAGCUGGAAUAGAGCUUAACAGCGAGUACCGCAAGAUCGAAGACAAGUUGAAGAAAGAAUUGCAGAUAACGUCGGAGGAACUCAGGAAAGCACAACAAAACAAGGACAGAGAGAUGGCAGCUGAGAUGGAGCGCUACCAGAGGGAGGUAAAUGAGAAGCUUGCGAAGGUUCAGAUGGAGCGGGAAGACCUGAAGGUGGACUUGGCCAAAUUGCUUGCUGCUACCAAGCUCUUCGGCACAAUGCCAAGGAGUAGCAACCGAAACAGCAGUGACCAACCUUCAGCGCCCAGAGGCAAGAUGCGUCCCGCGAGGAAGCUUGAUAUGCUGAAGGGCUUGUUGGGAAUAGGACCAAAGAUAGAGAUGGCCGAAGUAGAGAAUGAAGAAGAGUACAGGAUGAAGAAGAGUACAGGAUGA